GCGGCGGGAGCGAGGCGACCGCUCGGCCCGCGGCAAGUGACGGGCGGCCGGCCGAGGGGGAGCCGGGGCGGGGCGGCGGCGGCCGGCGAGGGAGCGCGCGGGCGGCCUAGCCCCGCCCCGGUGACCUUCACGGCCCGGGCGGCGGGCGCAGGCCGGGCGGCGGCGGCGGCGCGAUGUUCGUGCAGGAGGAGAAGAUUUUCGCGGGCAAGGUGCUGCGGCUGCACAUCUGCGCGUCCGACGGCGCCGAGUGGCUGGAGGAGGCGACCGAGGACACCUCGGUGGAGAAGCUCAAGGAGCGCUGCCUCAAGCACUGUGCUCAUGGGAGCUUAGAAGACCCCAAAAGUGUGACCCAUCACAAAUUAAUACACGCUGCUUCGGAGAGGGUGCUGAGUGAUGCCAAAACAAUCUUGGAAGAGAACAUCCAAGACCAAGAUGUCUUACUGUUGAUAAAAAAGCGUGCCCCGAGUCCGCUGCCCAAGAUGGCCGACGUGUCCGCAGAAGAAAAGAAAAAACAGGAAGAGAAAGCCCCGGAUAGAGAAGCUAUAUUCCGGGCCACCGCCAACCUGCCCUCCUACAACAUGGACCGGGCCGAGGUCCAGACCAACAUCAGAGACUUCCAGACGGAACUGCGGAAGAUCCUGGUGUCUCUCAUCGAGGUGGCACAGAAGUUGUUAGCGCUGAACCCGGAUGCGGUCGAGCUGUUCAAGAAGGCGAAUGCGAUGCUGGACGAAGAGGAGGACGGGCGAGUGGACGAGGCAGCCCUGCGGCAGCUCACGGAGAUGGGCUUCCCGGAGAGCAGGGCCGCCAAGGCCCUGCGGCUGAACCAAUGUGAGUUUUUAAAGAGAAAUCCUGCACGCACAUCCCCGAGCAUGUCGGUGCCUCAGGCCAUGGAGUGGUUGAUCGAACACGCAGAAGACCCGACCAUCGACACGCCUCUUCCGGGCCAGGCCUCUCCGGGAGGGGCCGAGGCCGCCCCUGAGGCUGCCUCCGAGGCGGCCGGGACCAGCACCGGAGACGACGAGCCCAGAGAUGAGCUAACGGAGAUCUUCAAGAAGAUCCGGAGGAAAAGGGAGUUCCGGGCCGAUGCUCGGGCCGUCAUUUCUCUGAUGGAGAUGGGAUUCGACGAGAAGGAAGUGAUAGACGCCCUCAGAGUGAACAACAACCAGCAGAACGCCGCCUGCGAGUGGCUGCUGGGAGACCGGAAGCCCUCCCCCGAGGAGCUGGACAAGGGCAUCGACCCCGACAGCCCCCUCUUUCAAGCCAUCCUGGAUAAUCCAGUGGUGCAGCUGGGCCUGACCAACCCUAAAACGUUACUAGCGUUUGAGGACAUGCUGGAAAACCCACUGAACAGCACCCAGUGGAUGAACGACCCGGAGACGGGGCCGGUCAUGCUGCAGAUCUCCAGGAUCUUCCAGACCCUGAACCGCACGUAGGCGCAAGUGCGGCCGCUCCCCUGCACGGCUCCAGCACCUGUCCGGGAGCCGGGGCGGCCCCAGCCACGGCCCUCUUCUACCCGCCAGCCUGCCAGCCCGCCGCGGAGGAGCGUGGAGACCCCUCGGUGCCAGUGCCGCGGGCUGGGGGGGAGGGGGAGGCUCACCGGACCCCGCCCUCCGCACCCCACCCCUGGUCGCCAGGGCUCGGGGGCCCUUCUCCGGCUUUGACCUUCUGCUUCAACACUCGUGUGAUGGCAGCGUGCACGGCCGGCCGCAUCUCCAGCCUCCAACAGUGUUUACAGGCGUGGAUGCCCCGGGAGGGGUCCCCUCCCUCCACAGUGUCCCUCUGGGCUCUGGAAACGCUCUUUGACCCGACCCGCAGGCGCUGCUUGUCACUUGGAAGAAGGCAUGUUUCGACCCAAAGUGUGAAGUCAGUACUAACUUAUGUAGAGGAAAUCACAGAUGAUUUUUCUUUAAUAAAUAAAUUCCCUUUU